GACGCGGACCCCGCAGCGGAGCUCAGCUCGCAGCCCCGGAUCCUCUGGCAGGGGGGACCCCACCCCAGCGCGUCAGGACAGGUGCUCUGCUGGGCCUGGUCAGGCUGCGGCGACCAUGACCAAGAAGCGAGUGGCCGUGGUCGGGAGCGGAGCCAGCGGGCUCUCGUCCAUCAAGUGCUGCCUGGACGAGGGCCUGGAGCCCGUCUGCUUCGAGAGGUCGGAUGACAUUGGUGGGCUCUGGAGGUUCCAGGAAAAGCCCGAAGAAGGAAGGGCCAGCAUUUACAGGUCGGUGGUCAUCAACACUUCUAAAGAGAUGAUGUGCUUCAGUGACUAUCCCAUCCCAGACCAUUUUCCUAACUUCAUGCACAACUCCCAGGUCCUGGAGUAUUUCAGGAUGUAUGCCAAAGCAUUUGACCUUCUGAAGUAUAUUCGUUUUAAGACCACUGUGUGCAGCGUGAAGAAGCGGCCUGACUUCUCCACUUCAGGGCAGUGGGAAGUGGUCACAGAAUCCGAAGGCAAGAAGGAGGCUUCUGUCUUCGACGGAGUCAUGGUUUGCAGUGGCCAUCACACCAACGCCUACCUGCCCCUGCACAGCUUCCCUGGUAUUGAGAAGUUCAAAGGACAGUACCUCCACAGUCGGGACUACAAGAAUCCAGACAGCUUCACUGGAAAGAGAGUCAUUGUCAUCGGCAUUGGGAAUUCUGGAGGGGAUCUGGCGGUGGAGACCAGCCACGUGGCCAAGCAGGUUUUCCUCAGCACCAGGAGAGGGUCCUGGAUCCUGAAUCGAGUGGGCACCCAUGGCUAUCCUUCGGAUGUGCUGCUGUCUUCUCGACUGACAUAUUUUAUAAAGAAGAUUCUCAGUGAAUCAAUGAUAAAUACAAUUUUGGAAAAAAGAUUGAACAACAGGUUUGACCACUCAAUGUUCGGCCUGAAGCCUAAACACAGGCCUUUGGGUCAGCAUCCAACAGUAAAUGAUGAGCUGCCAAAUCGUAUCAUUUCUGGUUUGGUGAAGGUGAAGGGAAACGUGAAAGAGUUCACGGAGACGGGCGCCAUAUUCGAGGACGGCUCCAAGGAGGAUAACAUUGAUGCUGUCAUCUUCGCUACCGGCUACAGCUUUGCCUUUCCUUUUCUUGACGAGUCUGUCAAAGUAGUCAAUAACAAGAUAUCCCUCUAUAAGAAGGUCUUCCCUCCUAACCUGGAAAAGCCAACUCUCGCCAUCAUUGGCUUGGUCCAGCCCUUGGGUGCCAUUAUGCCCAUCGCAGAGCUCCAAGGACGCUGGGUCACUCAAGUAUUUAAAGGGACAAAGACACUGCCCUCACAAAGUGAAAUGGAAAGAGAAACAGCCAAGGCUCAGGAAGAAAUGGCAAAAAGGUAUGUGGAGAGCCCACGACACACCAUCCAGGUAGACUACGUAGACACCAUGGAAGAACUUGCUCUUCUGGUCGGUGUCAAGCCCAAUCUGUUCCAUUUGGCCUUCACCGACCCCAAACUGGCCCUGGAGUUACUAGUAGGACCCUGCACUCCAAUCCACUACCGUCUACAAGGCCCUGGCAAGUGGGCUGGAGCGCGAAAAGCCAUCCUCAGCACAGAGAGCCGGAUAAGGAAACCUCUGAUGACAAGAACAAUUGAUCGCAGUGACCCCACAAUAACAACAAUGGCCCGGUUCAUGAUAGCUAUUGUUUUCUUUGCAAUACUUCUGGCCUACUUUUAGCUGUUCCACUGUCACUGCCCAUUUCCUUUAGGACACGGGAUCUUUAAGUGCCUACAGAAUCUGAUAAGAUCGAACAACUUUCAGCUUCAUAUUGCCCAGAAAUUAUUUCUCAUUUAUUUUCUUUCCUCUUUUCCUUAUAAUGAAAUUUCUACUUUUCAUUCAUAUUGAUUUAACCUCCCUUCCUCUUACGAUCCAUCACUUUUGGCUUUCCUCCCUGGACUGUAAUCCAUUAACCCCUGGACUGUCAGAUCAGGUACUCUUUUAGAUAUCUCUGUAGGUCCCUAGCAGAGCUCUGAGCAUAUCACUGGAGCUCCAUAAAUGUGUUUAUCAAGUAUUCUUGUGGGAGGACAAGUGACAUCUCUCUGGAUGAGAGAUGGGAGACUCCAUGUAACUGCUGAUAAGAUGUUAGAAGCCCUUUUGUUUUCAAAAUUGUAACUAAAUGUAUGUUUUCCAAGAGAUAAAUCAUGUCUGAUGCCAGCUGUAUGUAUCUAAGAGAAGAUGCACAGCUGUUCACUAAUGUAUCUGGGGACCAGUCAUUUUUACUCUCUUCCCCUUAAGCAACAUGUCUUUAUUUUGCUCAAUGAAGAAACUGUCUUCAGCUUUCUGGGCUCAUUCUAAUAAUCUAAUUUUUGCCAGUAGAUUCAAUUUAAUUAAAAAAUAGGAUUUUUAAUUAGCUGUCCUAUCAUUUUUUAAUUUUAGUUCCCAUACUAGGUUCAAUAAGACCUUCCUGUAGGAAAUAUAGUAAGUUGCCAGAAACUGCUGUAAUGUGGCCAACAAGCAAGGUUUGAUUGGUCGCCCCUUUUUUUCUCUCUCCUUCACUCCCUCCCCAAUAUAAAGGCCACACAAUAAAUAUUUGAAGUGUCAUUUAUGCACUACAUUAGAACUGAUAUUAACUAAAUAUUGGGGCGUUCUCUUAAUAAUAGUUCUUACGCCACAUAGUAUAGUUCUAAAAAAAAAGCAAAUGAAAUGAAAAGCAGAGGCUUGGAUUUAUGUUCCAGAGGUGCUGCUGAUUCUGCUUCUCACUUGUAGUAAUUCUACUCUAGUCUCAUCUCACAGAGAAGAUAACUGUUAGCUUUCAGGCGCCCUGAAUUUCAUGAAGAAAGGUACUGAAUGUACCAGCCAGGAUCAUGUUCAUAAAUAGCUGUUGUGCAACAGCUACAAUUAGGAUUGCUGCCUAAUACUUAACAAAAAGAUAAAUUUGGGCCUCCCUGGUGGCACAGGGGUUAAAGGCAGCGCUAUCAAGCUGUCAUCAGCCACUGCAGCAUGAGUUUGAGCCCUGGCUGGCCAAGGAGCUGAUUGACCCACAUGGCACAGCAGACCUCUCCUGCCUCGCCCGCUGCUCCCCUCAGCAGUGGAUUUCAAUAUAUCUGCCAGUUCUACUCCCCACACUGUCUGGUGAAUCCUCUCAACCCCCCACCUCUCUCCUACACCCCAGUUCUUAUAUGCAUAAAUAAAUAAAUCUUAAAAAAAAAAAACUUGACCAACUGAAAGAACAACAUUAAAAAUGAUCUUUGCCAAUAUAAAUACAUGUAAGAAUGCCAGAAAUACAAGAACAAGUUUCCCCGAAUGAUAUAACUAUUUGGACAACUGCCUACCAUUUAACCUAGUUUGUUUAUGAAAAGGCCUGUGAGAAUUUGAGACCUAAGAAUUGAUAUUACUACUUAGGCCUUUUUUCCUUCUCUAAUCCUGAGAUACUGGGGGUUAUCAUCUCUCAAAAUGGACCUAAUAUCUGCUAAUCUACAGAUUACUCUAGUUCAAAAGUAAAUGGAAGCUUGCUUGCUUCUUUUUCAUUUCCUUCUUUUAACAUAUAAAUUUUCCUCUUAGCAUGGGCGUCUACUGAAUUGACAGUCUUGAUAACACUAUCUUAAUUAUCAGUAAUAAGUGCCCCAGUUUCCUCUUUAAAUAAA